AUGGCUCCGAAAGUUGUCUCCGGCAAGGCGGCUAAGAAGGCGUCGAAGGUGAAGGUUCCCAAGGUCGACAAGAAGAAGAGGCGAAGGAGGAAGGAGUCCUAUGCUAUCUACAUCUACAAGGUACUCCGCCAGGUCCACCCCGACACUGGUAUCUCCUCCAAGGCCAUGUCCAUCAUGAACUCGUUCGUCAACGACAUCUUCGAACGCAUCGCCUCUGAGUCCAGUCGUCUUGCUCACUACAACAAGCGCACAACGAUCACGAGCAGAGAAGUGCAAACUGCCGUGCGUCUUCUCCUUCCCGGUGAAUUGGCCAAGCAUGCCGUAUCGGAGGGGACGAAGGCCGUGACCAAAUACACCAGCACCAAGUAG